ACACGCGCCUCGCUGUGCGGAGAAUCACGUUUAUCUUCCGGUUUUAUUUUUUGUUCUUUGCUCCACCGGGGUUGUGUCAUCAUCGACCCCCUACUGCUGUCGAAUCGGGAAAACGGACAAAAAUACAGUAAAGUAAAAUUGUGCAAUCGUUGAAACCGUGCGUCGUCCGAGUUAUCUCGGUCAUCCGCCUGUUCAGUGGAGUGUUCUGCAUUUCGAUUAGUGGCUAAAGUAAACGCUACUUCCAGAUAGGAGGCUAACCUACUAGCUCUCGACCAUUGGCGAUCAGUAACCAAAAGAAGAAAGCACAGACUUCGAGAUGGGUUUGCUGAGUGAAGGAAGUCCUCUGACUUGGGACGAAACCAAGGCGCUGGCGCAACAUGUUCGCGAGCAUGGCAUCGAGCAGUUCAUUAAUCUAUACGCACGACUAAGAGAUCGCCAAGGCGAUGUGCUUAAAUGGGGAGAUGAGGUGGAAUACAUUAUUGUGCGAUUCGAUGACGAGCGCCGCUCAGUACAGGUGUCUCUGCGGGCUCCGGAAAUUCUCGCCAAGCUGAAUGAAAAAGAAGCUGCCGAUCCGCAAGGCGUCAAAUCUCUGUGGCGUCCUGAGUAUGGUGCGUACAUGGUCGAAGGCACUCCAGGCAAACCCUACGGCGGAUUGUUGGCCCAUUUCAACGUAGUUGAGGCGAAUAUGCGCUACCGACGUAUGGAAGUGGCCGCACUGCUGCCCGAGAACGAAAUGGUUAUGUCGAUCACCAGCUUUCCCCGUCUCGGAUGUCCUGGUUUCACGUACCCACUCGCUGUCCCGACACCGGACGAUGAGACAUGUGCGGCGCGCUCCAAUUUCUUUCCCGACGAAGCCAUCUUCCCCGGGCAUCCCCGAUUCAAGACCCUGACGCGCAACAUACGGCAGCGACGGGGCGAGAAGGUGUCGAUCAACUUGCCGAUCUUUCCGGACAAGAACACCAAGUCGCCGGUGGAAGGUAGCAUCCCGGCCCUGCCUAAUCACGUGCACAUGGAUGCGAUGGGAUUCGGAAUGGGUUGCUGCUGUUUACAGCUCACGUUCCAGGCGUGUAAUAUUAGUGAGGCACGCACGCUGUACGAUCAGCUGACACCGAUGUGUCCGAUCAUGCUAGCCCUCACGGCCGCCAGUCCCGUCUAUCGGGGCCAUUUGACCGAUGUGGACUGUCGAUGGAAUGUGAUCUCGGCAUCGGUAGAUUGCCGCACGAAAGAGGAACGCGGAGAGUUACCUCUGAAGAACGAUCGCUUCCGGAUCUACAAAUCACGUUACGAUUCUAUCGAUUCGUACCUUUCGCCUGCCGGUGAAAAAUACAACGAUGUGCCUUUGGUGUUGGAUGAAGCGUUGUACAAGCGGCUGCGCGAAGGAGAUAUCGACCAUCUGUUGGCGCAGCAUAUUGCCCAUCUCUUCAUCCGCGACUCGGUCUCGCUGUUCAGUGAAAAGGUCCACCAGAACGAUCGCGAAGAUACCGAUCACUUCGAGAACAUUCAGUCCACGAACUGGCAGACGAUGCGCUUCAAACCACCACCACCUAACUCCUCGAUCGGGUGGCGCGUCGAGUUCCGACCGUGCGAAGCGCAGCUGACUGACUUCGAAAAUGCGGCGAUCGUGUGCUUUGUCGUACUGCUGACGCGCGUCAUUUUGUCUUAUCAGCUCGACUUCCUUAUCCCGAUCAGCAAGGUGGACGAGAACAUGCAAAACUCACAAAAGCGCGGUGCCGUGCUGACGGAGCGUUUUUGGUUUAAGAAAAACAUAACCGCCAUUCCGGGCGGUCUUGGUACAGCGCAGGACGAACGGCAGCCAAAGGAGGCCACGGCACAGCAGCAAAAUGGUACUAGUGGCGCCGAUGGAGACAACGAUGAGUACGAGCUUAUGACGAUCGAUCAGAUCAUUAACGGGAAGGGUACGUUCCCGGGGCUGGUACCACUGAUCAACAGCUACCUCGGAUCGAUGGAUGUGGAUGCCGAUACGCACUGUACCAUACAGCAGUACCUGAAGCUGAUUCAGAAGCGUGCCUCCGGAGAACUCCUUACAACGGCUAGCUGGAUACGGAAGGAGGUGGUGACCCAUCCCGAGUACAAAAGCGAUUCCAUCGUUAGUGAAGGCAUCUGCUACGAUUUGUUGCGCAAAGCCAAGGACAUCCAGGACGGUGUGCUAGCUUGUCCGGAGCUACUAGGCAACAACAUCAGCUCCAAAACCACCGACAGCAUUCCGGUUGCCAUCGAGAAGCACCUCACGAAGCACUGCUAGGACCGAAAGUGGGAGCGAGCGCAUUACGCGCACGCACGUUGUGCACGGGUAUUCGCUCUUUGCGGAACAGCCACAGCCUCUUUAAGCGGGACUAAUAGACGGUGAUCAGCCGACGGCAUUUUUAUUGAAAUAUUGAUCAUUCGCAACUACUGCAAUGUGUUUAUUAGCUACCUGGCAAACUGCUGUGUUUGCCCAUGUUUUAUCGCUUGUAUGUUAGGGAUUAGGGAUCCGCUUUAGAUCCGAUUGUAGAUCGUUUCGUUUACGGGCCGUGAGAUAAAUGAGAGCCGUCGGUUGGUUUAUCUUUGUCGCUCUCUCAACGAAAGUUACUUGUUUUGAGGUAGAGUGUAUAGAGGUAAAUCAAUUUCUUACGUUUGUUAAAGAUUAGUGUGUUAAUGAAGCUGACCACUCGUGGGCCUCUGUACCAUCUUUGUUUUUGCAAUCAUAUACUACAGUUAGUCUCAUAAAUGCGUAUCGUUUUACGAUUGCUUUUUUUUAGUUUUUUCCAUAAAAAUCCUGGAAAAUCAACUCAACCCCGUUAGAGGCACAAACACGCGCACUAUUGUAAUCGCGGGCGUAUAAUAUUCGUUAAUUAUUUUAUAUUCUUCAUUCAUUCGGGUGGCAUCAGCAUUUUCAAACUACAGCCUCACGUGGCGAAUACGAUAAAUCAGUUCCGAUGCUUUAAAGCCUACUGCGUUAAGCGCAUUUUCAUGCAGUUCCUGCAAAAGAACCUAGAGACCUGAACUACUAGACAGCACGAAAGGUUGAGUAUUUGUUGAACAAACCGCAGGGGCAACACAAAAUCCCCCUUCAGUUAAACCGUCAACUCAAAUCUUGUCACAAUCUGGCCAGGCCCUCUAAAAACACCUACACACACGAGACUAUAGUUAUUCAUUCAUAAAGAAAUAAUUUGUUAUACAAGAAAAAAAAUAUAUAG